UGCUGCUGGUUUGGUUCCAGCGGGUCGGCACCCUGCCAGCCUCCACAUCCCACGUCCUAACCCAGGUGGCGAAUCGCGUGCUCAUCCCGUGCUUCCUAGCGGUACACGUGGCAUCGGCAGUGUCGAGUGAACCUGAGUUGGUGCUAUCCUCGCUUCCGCUCAUUGCAGUCGCGCAGGUUCUCUGUGCAGCCUCAUUGGGUCACCUCGCACACCAAUCCUCCUCAUUCCUCCUCCGGCCGCUUCAACUCUCUCCACGCCCCUCCACCGCUCUGCACCAACUCGCUGCCGCCAUCGCCGCCUCCCUCGACCAAACAACCACCGAACCAACAAUCGAAGCAGCCGCCAAACCAGCUGCCGAACCGACUCAGCAGGUCGGGAACCAGCAGCUGGGGGAGGCGUUAAUGACGCUGCUGCUGCUGGUCGUCAUGACGGCCGUCUGUGAGACGGGAGGAGGCGGUGACGGACUGGCGGGACAGCUGGCGCUGCUCGCCGUGGGCGGGUGUGGCCCGGCACUACUCAUUCUAGCAUGCGAUGCUCUGCUCUGGUCUCAAAGGCAGCCGGAUGGAGCGGACUCACCUCUUGCUGUCACCAGUACAUCUGGCCCGUUGCUCUUGAAUCGUUUCUUCACCCCUCCUGUUUUUGGGUCCUGCCGUCCACUCAUGUCACUCCUUUCCACUCACAACCUUCCCUCCCCUUCGUUUCGAACCCUCUCUUUUUCCUCAUGCCUCCCCCUUUGUGUCCUUGACUCUCCGCGACUCUCCUUGACUAUCUUUGACUCUCUCCUAAUCUCUCUCCUUGAUUCUUCUCGUGUGUCUCCCCCUCUCCUCUCCCUCUCCUCUCCCUCUCCCUCCCUUCUCCCUCUCCUCUUCCUCUCCUCUCCCUCUCCUCUUCCUCUCCUCUCCCUCUCCUCUCCUUCUCCCUUCACCCACUAUCAGGUACUCGCAGGUCUCUUGAUCGGCGCCACCCCUCUCAGUCAACUCUUCCUGCUGCCACGUGGCGGUGACGGAUUGGUUGAGACAAGCACUCUGUUGAUCGACAGUGGGUCUCUGCUGGGAUGGCUGCAAUGGCAAGCGGGCGAGAUGACGGGGAGCAUGCACUGCUUCAUGGAGGCGUUCUCACAAAUCGCCUACGUGGUAGUCCCCGUCCCUCAUCCCCCAAUCCUCCCCUGCAUCACUCUUCCACCGCAUCUCACCUCUCACUCUGUGCUACUCACUGGCUCUGCUGCCCCUUCACUCCACCUCUGGAUCUUCUCUCUAUGUCCCCCGUUUCUCCAUCUCUCUCUCACGCUGGAUCCUCUGCUCUGCCGCUCUGCCUCUACACCUCAUGGCGCUCGUCUCCUCUUAAUUCCCUUACACGUUCCCCCUGUGUGUGUGUGUCUCUCUCUCUCUCUCUCUCCCCCGCCUCUACACCUCAUGGCGCUCGUCUCCUCGUAA